UGCUGCCCUCUGCUGCUGAGGAGAGGGCACUGCAGCAACAGAGUGCGUUUGGCCUCGUUCUCUUCAGCUGCCAUCGUGUGUGACAUCAUCACGCCGUGACACAUGACCUCCACCGCGUGUCACACAUGAGCUCGUAUGUGUGAUCAUUUCUCAUCCCUUGGGUCAAAGCUGAAAUGUUCUAACACUUGAGGAGGGAACUGUUUCCUCCUGUGAUCUCGUUAUAAUCUCAGAUUACAGACGCUCACGUGUGUCACUGUGUGUGUGUGUGUGUGUGUUUCUCUCUGCAGUGUUUACUCUGUGUUUGAGCAGCCUGAGGAGGUCAAAGGUCACACUUUCACCACAGUCAGAACACCCACUGAGAGGAGGCGGAGUCCCGGUCAGACGGAGGACAGCAGUAGAAAAGACGAAGCGUCUCUGCGGCGUCUCUGCGGCGUCUCUGCGGUGUCUCUGUGGUGUCUCUGUGGCGUCCACACUCUGACAGCAUGGAGCUGUACCUGGACCUCAUCUCUCCGCCCUGUCGCUCCGUCUUCCUGUUGGCCAAAGUGCUCCAGAUUCCCUUUGACUUCAAGCUGGUGCAGCUCAUGACGGGUCAACAGUACAGUGAGGAGUUUGGCCAAAUCAACCUCAUUAAGAAGGUUCCUGUCAUGAAGGAAGGAAGCUUCAUUCUGACAGAAAGCGUCGCCAUCCUGAAGUUCCUGGCACAGAAACACGCCUCGUCAGCGGUGGAUCACUGGUACCCGGCCGACCUGCAGCAGCAGGCUCGUGUUAAUGAAUACCUGUCCUGGCAGCACCUGAACCUCCGGGUUCAUGGCUCACGGGUCUUCCUGCUCUGGGCCUUUUAUCCUCUGGUCACGGGCUCAGAGGUUCCCAAGAAGAAGACGGAUGCUGCUGUUGAAGAUCUCAAACAGUCCCUGAAUCUGCUGGAGGAGAAGUUCCUGCAGGACAAGCCGUUCAUCAUCGGAGACCAAGUGUCUCUGGCUGAUCUGGUGGCCAUCGUUGAGAUCAUGCAGCCCGCUGGCACCGGCCUGGACGUGCUCGAAGGUCGUCCGCGGCUGAUCGCCUGGAGAGAGCGAGUGGAGCAGGAAGUGGGUAAACAGCUGUUUGCUGAAGCUCACGCGUCGAUCAUGAAGGCGAGCAGCGUCUUACAGGAGAUGCAGAGCAGCAGCAGCAGCAGCAGCAGCAGCAGCGGCGGCAGCAGCAGCAGCAGCAGCAGCCACCUGCAGGCGCUCGUUCCCAGGUUCCAGAAGGUUUUACACCAUUUCUCACUCAUAUGAUUACAACAGUGUUUUUAACGUGAAUAAAAAAAAGGUUUUGGUGCUGAGGAAUAUUUACCUGCAGCUGAGUCGUCAAACAUUUGCCAACAAUAAAAACCUGAGUUUUAUGAAACAGAAAAAGUGAAUUUUUCUUCUGAACUUAAAAAUAAUAAAUCUCAGAAACUAA